AUGCGUUUCGCUUUAGCUCUAUCAUGGCUCCCCCUCAGCCUAGCCCUCCAUCUCCCUGAAUCUCUCGACCGCCGCACCAAACAUAAACCCAUCACAGACUGCUCAGCAGAACAAGUCAUCGACCUUCUCAAACUCGAACCCAACACCGAAAAAGGGUACUUCGUCCAAACCUUUGUAGACCCGACAACUGUCCCAGGAACCAAUCGAUCCAUCAGUACAGCUAUUUACUAUCUGCUCCAAGGUUCCGCGGGCCAAUCUCUCUGGCAUAAACUCGAUGCAGCCGAAGUUUGGCACUAUUACGCCGGUGCACCGCUUGUUCUGUCUCUCUCGAAGAAUGAUGGUUCUUGUACGAGGGAUCAUGUUAUGGGAAAUGAUCUUUUUGGUGGACAAAGACCUCAGGUUGUUGUUAAGGCGGAGGAGUGGCAGAGUGCAAGGAGUUUGGGUGAUUGGACUCUUGUUGGGACUACUGUUGCACCGGGAUUUGAUCUGGCCGGACAGGUCUUGAAGCCAGAGGGAUGGAAGCCCAAGUCGUGUAAGAAGCCCCAUUGA